AAACAACAGUCCUAACUUUUGUGUGUUGCAAAUAUAAAAGGCAAGCCAUGUGACAGAGGGACAGAAGAACAAAAGCAUUUGGAAGUAACAGGACCUCUUUCUAGCUCUCAGAAAAGUCUGAGAAGAAAGGAGCCCUGCGUUUCCCCCAAGCUGUGCUGCAGAUACUGUGAUGAUGGAUUGCAAGUGCAAAGAGUAAGACAAAACUCAGACAUACAAAGGACAAUGACAACCAGAAAGCUUCAGCCAGAUCCUGCCCUUUCCUUGAAAGGAACUGGAUCCUAGGAGGUGACGGUAUUUCCAAAUUUUUGUCCUCUGCCUCCCUCUACUGUUCUUCUGGAGAAGUUUUCCCUUACAACAAUGAGAAAUCAUGUACUAGCUGCAUCCUUUUCUAUGCUCUCCCUGUUGGUGAUAAUGGGAGAUACAGACAGCAAAAGGGACAGCUCAUUUAUGAUGGACUCGGACCCUCGACGCUGCAUGAGGCACCACUAUGUGGAUUCUAUCAGUCACCCAUUGUACAAGUGUAGCUCAAAGAUGGUGCUCCUGGCCAGGUGUGAAGGACACUGCAGCCAAGCCUCACGCUCUGAGCCCUUGGUAUCCUUCAGCACUGUCCUCAAGCAACCCUUCCGUUCCUCCUGUCACUGCUGCCGCCCCCAGACCUCCAAGCUGAAAGCAUUGCGCCUGCGAUGCUCAGGGGGCAUGCGACUCACUGCCACCUACCGGUACAUCCUCUCCUGUCACUGUGAGGAAUGUAGCUCCUGA